AUGGGACCGCCGGGUUUUCAGCCAGCGGCAGCUGCCGCGGCCGACGUUUUGCCAGCUGCUCCUGAUGGACAGCAGGCCGACGAGGGCGAGGAGGAGGCUCGCCCGAGGGUGCUGAAGGCACCUCACGAGCCCUCUCAGAGGGAGAUCGUCGAGCACGAGGCGAUGGGACACGCGACCUACCGCAGUUGGUGUCGCGUGUGUAUUGCGGCAAAGGGCCAAGGCCAGCCGCAUCUCCGCGCACCGGAGGACGACGAGACGGCGGCGCCGGUGGUCUCGUCCGACUACGCCUUCAUGGGCCAGGACGACGCGGACACCAUGCCGAUGCUGGUCCUUAGGGAUCGACGCUCGAAGAUGAUGGCAGCGACAUUCGUGGAGAAGAAGGGCGACGACGCCUACGCCAUCAAGUUCUUCGCACGCUUCUUACGGAUCCUGGGCUACAGGAAGAUCGUCAACAAGUCCGACGGCGAGCCAGCGAUCCUGCUGGUCAAGAGGCGUGCGGUGGAGGAGGUUCCUGGCCUCGAGGCCAUUCCACAGGAGUCGGCACCGGCCGAUCAUCAGGCCAAUGGGGAGAUCGAGGUCACGGUGCGCGAGAUCAAGAAGCAGGUGCGAGCGCUCAAGAUGGACCUGGAGUCCAAGCUGGGCGUCAAGGUGGAGGACAAUCACCCAGUGCUAGCGCACCUGCCGGAGCACGCCGCAUCGGUGAUCAACCGAUACAGGCGCGGCCAGGACGGCAAGACCGCUCUUCAGCGGCUCACGGGACGGCAGUGGAGGAAGCCGGCCCCGCUCUUCGGUGAGCGCCUGACGGUGCGGUUCGCCGGGGAGCGCGCGAGGAAGAACGCGCUGGAGGAGCAGAUGGUGGAGGCUCGCUACAUCGGCCACCACCCGCGCGACGGCUCGAUGAUGGUCAUCACGAGCGACGGUGUGAAGAAGGCGGUCGGCUUUCGCAGCCUGCCGCAGGGCGAGAAGUGGAUCACGGCGGGCUGGGACAGCCUGAAGGGCCUGCCGUGGGACGUGGCUCCGCGUGCGGCCAGUGCGCCGCGAGCCAUCGUCGGACCGGGAGAGGCCGGUCCGCCACCGAUUGUGGUGGUGCCGCCGCAGCCGCAGGCGCCGAGGAGGAUGUACGUUCUCAAGGCGGACGUCGUGCGGCUGGGCGCAACGCCGGGAUGCCCAGGGUGCGUCUCGAUCGCCAAGCACGGCAAGGUGCUGGCUGGCCAUGCGCACAACGCGGUGUGCAGCAAGAGAAUCUUCGAAGCGCUGGACGCUGAGGAGGCAGGCCGGGAGAGGACCGGCCAGUACCGAGAGCGGAGGCAGGGCCAAGAGGCCAGAGUCCGACCGGCGGCAGCGGCCGCGGCAGGGACCCCUCCGCCGAAGACGGCUCGGAGGAUCACCGAGCCGGUGGCAGCGGCGGCGUCGGCAUCGGCCGCGCCGGCCGCGAGCCGAUCGGCAGCAGCGCCAGCCGCAGCGGCGCGCAUGCGAGAGGGCCAGCCGGGAGCAUCAGGCUCCGGCGUGGCGGCUCCUUCAGGAGGAGCGAGCUCCAGUUCGGGAGCAGUGAGAGCGGCAGAGGCCGCCGAGGAUGUCGACAUGACUGCGACCAGGUCGCGGCUGAAGCGCUUGGCGGAGGUGGCCCCGGAUGACGUGCCGGAGGCCCUCGAGCGCGGUGAUCCACAGCCGGCAGACGUGCCGGUACCGGUGGACAUGGAGGAUCUCGCGGCGCAGCCGGCGCCAGCGGAAGGACCUCAGCUGCCAGCGGGAGUGGCAGUCGUGUGGAACGCCAGUGAGGGGAGACACAUGCGGGUGCUCGCUCUCGACGUGGCGUCGAUCGAGCUGGUCGAGCUCGGAGUGCUGACGAGAGCGAAGGCGGAGUUGCUUCCGCUCGUUCGCGAGCAGGUCAGCGGCCAGUGGGCCAGCGUCGGCGUGGACAUCGCCGACGAAGAGGUGGACAGCAUCGCCUUAUCGGCGUUGCAGCUGGGCGCCGUGGACGUGGCAGAGGUGCACUCGCCACAUCGGUUCUCUGCUCGGGCGGCGGAGUUUCAGCUGCGCCCGGGCUUCGCGGCGGACCUGGAGGAACUCAAGGAGGACGGGGCGCCAUGGGACUUGCGGCGACCCGAGGAUGUCAAGGAGCUCGAGGAGCAGCAGGAGCGGAUGGAUCCCAUCCUGCUCACGGGGUCCCCUCCAUGCGAGAAGUUCAGCCUGCUGAGGGGCCUGGGCGCCAAGUUCAGGACCGAUGAGCAGGAGGCGGCUGAGAUGGAGGAGGCCAGACACCACCUGAAGGUGGCAGUCGACGCCUACUGGCGUCAGCUCAGGAAGCCAGGCAGGUACUUCCUGCAUGAGCAUCCCUGGAGCGCGCGAUCGUGGAAUGAGGACAUCGUCAUGGAGCUGGUCGCGCAUCCAGGAGUCUUCACGGUCAAAGGCCCCAUGUGUCGGUGGGGCAUGAAGCUCACGAACCCACGCAGUGGCCAGGAGGAGUUCGUGCGCAAGGAGACCGGGUGGGUCACCAACCACCCAGGCUUAGCCCGGAGACUGCAGGGCACUUGCAGCAAUGUGGACGGACGCGCGGAGUGGCAUCGCCACAUCACGCUCGUGGGCGGCAUCGCGCGGUUCGCGAAGGUCUAUCCACCGAAGGUGGUGGAGGCGGUGCUGGAGGAGCUCAAGGACACGCUGAAUGACGUGGGGGAGCUCAGCACCGCCCAGGUGCAGCAGUCGGGCCCAGUCCCUGUGGACGCGGCGGUGCCGCCCGGGGACUGGACGAGCUACUGGGACGACGUCAAUGGCGGCUACCUGGAGGCGGGCCUUGUGGCCCUGGCUCGCGCGGUCGAGCGCGAGUGGGUCAAGAAGCAGGAGCUGAUCGAGAUCGCCAUGCGGUCGCUGGUCUCGCUGAUGGUCACGUGGACGCGGGAAGCGCCGCUCCACAUUCAGGAGUCGCUUCGCAAGAAGGGCAGGAAGCCGGGCAACUUCAAGAUCGGCUUCUUCGACAUCAGCAGGGCGCAUUUCUAUGGGAAGGCGCAGCGGAGGAUCUUCGUGGAGCUGGAGGAGGAGAGUCGCAAGGAGUACGGCGAGGACAAGUGUGGCUUACUCCUCAAGUCCUGGUACGGCACGCAGGACGCCAGCAAGAUCUGGCAGGGCGACUACACGGAGCUGCUGGAGGAACACGGCUACAAGGCGGGCGUGUCAUGCCCAGCGGUCUUCUACAAGGAGGUGGACGAGACGAGGCUGCUGGGGCACGGCGACGACUUCGCGGUGCUGGCUCAGCAGCAGGACAUCGACAGCUUCGAGGCCACGUUGGGCAAGAAGUACGAGUUCAAGAAGACUGCGAACCUCGGCUUCGACGAGGGCGACGACAAGCAGGCGGUCUUCCUGAAUCGGGUCAUCGAAGUCAGUGCGGGAGUUCCGCCUGGCGGUGGCCGGCCCUGCCGGCAAGCGAUGAUUGAGCCGGACAAGCGGCACGCAGAGAUCGUGAUCGACGAGCUGGGUCUCAGCAAGGCCAACGGCGUGGACACGCCGAUGGAGAAGCGCAGCGCCGACAAGCAGAUGAUGGACGCGAAGUCGGCGGCGCUGGGAACGGCGGAAGCUUCGCGCUUCCGAUCCCUCACCAUGAGGGUAGCCUACCUGUCUCAGGACAGGCUGGACUUGGCAGAGGCAUCGAAGACGCUCGCCAGGUCCAUGCAGACGCCGACGGAGGCGAGUUGGCUCAUGCUCAAGAGGGUCGGCCGCUACCUUAAGCGGCAUCCCAGUACGGUGACGGUCUUCACGGAGCAGAAGAUGUUCGACAAGAUCCGAGUGUACGUGGACUCCGAUCAUGCGGGCUGCGCAGUCACUCGGAAAAGUACCGGAGGCUUCGUGGCGAUGCUGGGGCAUCACGUCAUCCAGCACGGCAGUAAUCUUCAGUCGACGGUCUCUCUGAGCAGUGGGGAGAGCGAGUACUACGCCCUGGUGAAGGGCGGGAGCGUGGGCCUGGGUCUACACAGCCUCUUCGCAGACUGGGGGCUGGACCUGAAGGUGGAGCUCGCCUCAGACUCAUCGGCGGCCCGGGGCCACGUCCAACGGCGAGGUCUCGGGAAGAUGCGACAUGUUCAAUCCCGAUACCUGUGGAUCCAGGAGCGCGUGGGCAAGGGCGACCUCUCGAUCGCCGCGGUUCCUGGUAAGAACAAUGUCGCGGACGUGCUGACCAAGAGCGUGGGUGGAUCUCUCUUGAGGAGACACAUGGCGACGCUCAACAUCUGGGAUCGGGCACCGAGUUCGACCCAGAAGGAUAUCAAGUGA